UAGACUAUUUAAAAUGGUGAAAAAAUAUAACAAGUAAGUCUAAAUGAAUCCCCACAAUGAAAAUAAAUUAUUUAUAAGAAUUUCAUUUAUUCAUUAAAAGAAAACAGCAAAAAUAAUGCAAGCUCUACUAGCCUGGGGUAAAGCUAGUUCUGGAGCUCUUGGUAUAAGUGCCUCUGAACUAACGUGUGUAACAGCACCCCAACAAAUACAAUCUUUGGAAGGAAAAGAAAUUGUCAACGUUAGCAGUGGAGAAAAUCAUACAUUAAUAUGUACAAAAGAUGGCUGUGUUUAUAGUUGUGGAUCUAAUGAAUUCAAGCAAUGUGGUCGGGAAAAAUAUCUAACUAAAUUUGAACGUGUGGAGGAAGGUCUCUCAGCUCACCAUGUGAUACAUGUAGAAGCAGGUUCAUCACACAGUGUUGCCUUAACACAAGCGCAUGAGGUGCUGACAUGGGGCAAAAAUACUGAAGGUCAGCUGGGAAGAGAAGCUUCAGAAGACACUAGUGGAAUCCCCAAAUUGGUAAAGUCUCUUGCUGUGUGUUGUGUUUUACAAGUCAGUUGUGGCAAUGAUCAUACAAUGGUAUUGACCAAUGAAUGCCUUGUAGCUGUCUGGGGAUCGAAUGCCUAUGGUCAACUAGGUCUUGGCAGGCCUAAGAAUUCAUUCCUGAAUGUGCCUACAUUUAUUACUUGUUUGAAAGGAAUACCUGUGGUGCAGGUGGCAGCUGGCGGAAACCACAGUUUUAUUCUAUCCAAGUCUGGUGCUGUGUAUGGCUGGGGUAGAAACAGCUUUGGGCAGCUGGGAUUAAAUGAUACUCAAGAUUAUGAUGUGCCAAAGCAAUGCAGACCAUUACGCACCCAGAGAAUUAAAUAUAUUUGUUGUGGAGAGAACCAUACUGCCUGUUUAACUGGGGAUGGUAGAGUAUUUACUUUUGGAACAGGCACGUAUGGCCAGCUGGGUCAUAACUCUAACAACAAUGAAAUUUUACCAAAGCAGGUGAUAGAGCUCUCUGGCAGUGAGGUUUCCCAGAUUGCUUGUGGGAGAGGUCACACUCUGGCAUAUGUACCUAAAUCUGGCCGGUUAUAUGCAUUUGGACUAGGGGGAAGUGGGCAGCUUGGUCUUUCAAGUACAGAAAACAAAAAUAGUCCAUUCGCAGUACAAGGGCCAUUUUCCUCUGGAGUUAUUUCUCAUUCAUCUAUGCUAGUGGACAAUCAAGGGCCUGAUAUGGUGGUCAAGUCAGUUUAUGCAGGAGGAGACCAGACUUUUGUUGUCCUCAAAUGUGUUGAUGCUGGUCAAACAGAUGACUUCAGACUUGUGGCAGCCACCAGACAGAUUCUAACACUUUCUCUUGGAAAGUUAGAACCCCUCCGUCACCUGCACAUUGAUGAAAACCCACCUGUGGAAAUUUCAGAUGAGAUCAUAAAAAUUUUCUCUUUUGCCUCCUGCUUGAAUGGUUCCUUUUUAUUACCUAAUGAUGAACAUUAUGGAACAAGUAGUAAAAAACAUGGUGUGGAUAUGAAUGCCGUUAGAGAAUUUUUCAAAAAUUUUGGUGAACUUCGAAACAUUGUCAUAAAGCAACAAAUGAGUAAAACUAUUGAACAACAUUUAAUACCAUCACUAGCUCAGGCGCCUCCAGAUGUGGAGGCACUUCGUCUCUAUCUCAUGCUGCCUGAAUGCCACUUAUUUGAUGAGCCCAAGCUGUAUAGUUCUAUCAUUUGUCCAUUUGCUAAGUCCUUUCUUGCUCUAAAUAAAGUUCCACUCUCAGUAUUUGAUAAUUGGUGGCCAUCAAACCAGCCGUCUUUCUUUAACAGAUUAAUUGUGAUUUAUAAAUCCUGCAUAGAAUAUUUGCUUCAGUUACCAGACACCUCAAAUCAAUUAGAGGUGACAACUAGACAGCAAGGUCUAUAUUACUCCAUGGAAAUGUUAAAAAAGCUUAAUCUGGUAAAUGAAGCCAAUCACCAGAUUAUCCCUUAUCACAAGUUUUAUGUUCCCGAGCUGAAAGAUAAAGUCAAUAUACGAGACGAUUACAUUAGCUGGUGCACGGUGCAACAGUCCAAUCA